AUGUCGCCCCUGGCCUCGCCCACCAUCCCUCACGGCAGCUCCAAGGGUCAAAACCACGACAGGAUAGAGAGGAAGGAGGUCGCCAUGGAUCGCACGGCCGAUCCGGAGGGAGAAGAGGGCCGCUUCGAAUUCGACAUUACGGCGUCGCAAAAGAUGAUCUCGGCCAUGUCGGGAAGCCUGCUUACGUCGCUGCUGAUGACCCCCCUCGACGUUGUCCGGGUCCGACUGCAGUCGCAGAGGAUGCCAUCACCUUCGGUUGACUUUUCCCGCCUCGCGCUGACGACAAACUCCCUCACACCUGCCCAGACGGCCGAGCUCGGCAUCACGUCCUGCUGCCGUGAAGUCUUCUUCGCCGGCAACACCGCCGUGUAUUGCGUCGCGGCGCCGAGGAUGGGAGGCCUGGCGGCGGCCAACUCCUCGCCCCCCAGCGACUGCGCAGUGCAGGAGGUCCAGAAGAAGACGUACAACUCCACCAUGGACGGCUUUCGCAAGAUCGCCCGCAACGAGGGCGUCUUGACGCUGUGGAGGGGACUGUCGCCGACCCUGGCCAUGGCCGUUCCGGCGAACAUCAUCUACUUUACCGGCUACGAUUGGCUUCGAUACAACCAGACGAGCCCCUUCUCCGCCUUCUCCGCCGACUAUGCCCCCCUCACCUCCGGAAUGGUUGCCCGGAUGUUGGCGGCGACGGCUGUCGGACCCAUCGAGCUGGUGCGGACGAGAAUGCAAGCGGCGCCCGGGUCGUCGACGACAAACCACCUGCUGGAGGCCUUUGACGGGAUCCGGGACAUGGUUGCCGUCCACGGCUACACCUCGCUCUGGAGAGGGUUGACCCUGACCCUCUGGCGGGAUGUCCCCUUCUCCGGCAUAUACUGGUGGGGUUACGAGACGAUUCGGUCGAAGCUGACGGAGAUGCGCAAAGACAAACAGGGUCGAUCCGUCUCCCAUUCCGACUCGUCCCAGCUCGCCCGACUGCGGUUUCAGAGCCGCGAGAAGCACACGGAGACGUUCAUCGACAGCUUCAGCGCGGGCGCCUUGUCGGGCGCCUUGGCUUCCAUCGUGACGACGCCGUUUGACGUGGGCAAGACGCGAACGCAGGUCUUUCACGAGUCGACCCGGUCGUCGGCAUCGGCCGCGACGGCUACGCGCGCGCCCGAGGAGAGAAGCAUGGUGCGGCUGCUGAUGCACAUUUUCCAAACCGAAGGCAUCUCGGGCUUGUGGAAAGGCUGGAUCCCGAGGACGCUGAAGGUGGCACCCGCUUGCGCCAUCAUGAUCAGCAGCUACGAGGUCGGCAAGCGAGUAUUCCGGGGCGUCAAUGCCCGCGCGGUGCAGCAGGACGAAGGCUCAUAG